UCUUGUUCAAUUAUAAAAAAAAUUAAAAUGAAAAUUGAGGGAAUCUUGGCAUCUCUGGGCCAUAGAAGAUCACAUACCCUAACAAACGUAUCUGCUUCUUUAAUCUCCACCUUACCCCUUCAAGCUUGCAACUAUGUUUCCUUUACACCAAGGCAAUGAGCUGUGCUUCCAGAUUUCUUCUAAUGCUCCCCACAAAAUCCCACAAGAUAUAAUUCUCCCUCACCCUGUACUCUAUGGCAGUCCUGAUUUAACAGAUGACUUGGGAAAAAGUAGGCGGCGAAAAUCCAUUUCUAUGGACAAUGAUGAGACUGCUAGGGAUAACGGUAAUAAUAAGAAGAAGUUAUUGCACAGGGAUAUUGAACGCCAAAGGAGGCAGGAAAUGGCCACCCUUUAUGCAUCCCUUCGAUCUUUACUCCCUCUUGAAUAUAUCAAGGGAAAGCGUUCAAUAUCUGAUCACAUGAACGAGGCUGUGAAUUAUAUAAAGCACCUGCAGAAGAGGAUCAAAGAACUAGAUGCCAAGAGGAAUGAGUUAAAGCAGAAGACUAAUUUUAGAGAUAUUCCCCUACAAAGUAGCGGAAGUUCAAGCAACUGUUCCCCAAGUACGGGAGUCAUAAUCCGGCCUAAUUUGGGUGGCAUUGAGAUUGUGUUCAGCAGUGGCUUUAGGGAGCAAGAUUUGACACUAUCAGGAGCACUGCAACUACUCCUUGAAUCUGAGCUUUCUGUAGUUAACUGUGUUUCCACCAAAGUGAAUGAAAGGGUAUUUCACACCGUCCAGGCUGAGGUGAAAGAUUCAGCUUGCUUAAAUAUGUCCGAGCUGCAGCAGAAAUUAAACCCGCUUGUCCCUUGAUCUUAGUGAUGUUCUUUAUUCAAAUAACUAAGUUGGUGAUUUGAGGACCCCAUUUCUGCACUGUACAUUUCUAACUUUUGAUCCGAACACUUGACUUGGUAGUAAUUGCUUGAUUAGAUGAUUUUCCUUAUAAUAAGAUGAAUGCGAGGAUGCUCUACCCUUAUGUUUUUGAGAAAUGUGUCUUUUUGUUAGUAUAGUUAUAUGAUAAAAUAUUUGAGGUCAGUUAGUUCAGAAAUUUUCUUUAAGCCUUAUGUGCGGCAUAACGUGCAUAAGCUUAUAGAAGGCGAUCUCCCUCUUUUCAUUUGUAAUUUGGAUGAUUUAGCUUUUUAAAGGAUUUUAGAUACUGCCUAUAUUAA